AUGCGGCCGCCCCUUGGGCGGUGGUGGCUGCUGCUGUGGCUGCCGCCAUUGUCCACACUGCCCGCAGGCGCUGUGCGCGGAGAGGAGGAGGAGGCGGCGGCGUUGUCAGUUCCAAGGUGUAAAGCUCUGAAGGAAAUGGAUUUUAUUAAAACUUCUGACUCAGACUGUUAUUGCUACAAUCAAAAUUCCCAAGUGGAGUGGAAAUACAUGUGGUCGACUGUGCAGGUGAAAAUUACCAGUUCAGUCCUGCUCAAUAUUGUAUAUAUCACAGAAAGACAUAAUUGUCAGUAUCCAGAAACCAUUCUAUCUUUUAUCAAAUGUGUGAUUCAUAAUUUUUGGACACCAAAGGAGUCUAAUGAAAUAACCAUAAUCAUCAAUCCAUAUGGAGAGACCAUGUGCUUUUCUGUGAAGCCUGUCAGGAAGAUAUUUGUCUAUACAAUUAGUGUUUAUCGAAACAUUGUAGAUUUCAGACUCUUCCUUGUGUUUGUGGCAGGCAUUUUCCUCUUCUUUUAUGCAAAGACGUUGAGUCAAAGUCCUAUUUUCUAUUACUCUUCUGGGACCGUGCUAGGUGUUCUAAUGACCUUAGUCUUUGUCCUGCUGCUGGUGAAAAGGUUUAUUCCUAAGUAUAGCACCUUUUGGGCUCUAAUGGUUGGUUGUUGGUUUGCUUCAGUUUAUGUUGUGUGCCGAUUGAUGGAAGAUCUAAAGUGGCAAUGGCAUGAAAACAGAAUAUAUAUAUUAGGCUAUGUCCUAAUGGUGGGAUUUCUCAGCUUUGCUGUUUGUUACAAACACGGGCCCCUUGUGGACAAAAGGAAUGUAAAUCUUCUGACGUGGACACUACGGCUCCUCGCCCUGCUCCUGAUCUAUUGUGGGGUCACUGUGCCCCAGUACUCAUAUGCACUUAUGAUCCUCACCCUGUCCUCCAGGAGUCUGUGCUACCCAUUGAAAGCGUUCAGUUAUAUGAGGUGGAAAAUGAAGAAAUGGUUUACAUCAGAAAAGCUGGUGGUUAAGUAUCUUACUGAAGACGAGUACAGGGAACAGGCGGAUACGGAAACGAACGGCGCCCUGGAGGGGCUGCGCCACGCCUGCCGCAGGCCUGACUUCCCCGCGUGGUUGGUCGUCUCCAGACUCCAGGCUCCCAACAAAUUUGCAGACUUUGUUCUUGGAGGAAGCCACUUGUCACCUGAAGAAAUUAGUCUUCAUGAAGAGCAAUAUGGCUUUGGGGGUGCCUUCUUGGAAGAGCAGCUGUUUAACCUGAGGACUACCUGA